UCCUUUACCUGCGUGGGAUCCUGACAGUUUUGGAUCUCUUAAUUGUCACAGCUAUCAGUUUCUAUGUGCAACAAGAGGAAGAUAAAACAGAGUUGAAAUCCCCGUCAGGAGGAACUUUAUUUCCGAGAGCUUGCAGCACCGACUCAGUGGAGUAUUCAUGAAGCAAUAUUUGAGCUAUUACAAGAUGAGGCUGAGAACAUCGAGGUUAGGUUAUCUGUUAAUUCAGUUCACGGCGCUUUGCUUUUACGCACAGAACUCUGUGCAGUCUCCUCCUAAUUUCAAGCACCAUGUCACCGAGCAGAGCCGGCUGUCGGAUCGGAUGAGCCGCAGGUUGACACGAACCUACCAGCUGUACAGCCGCACCAGCGGGAAACACGUCCAGGUCCUGGCCAACAAGAGAGUGAACGCCAACGGGGACGACGGAGCGGUGCACGCUAAACUGGAGGUGGAGACAGACUCUUUUGGAAGCCGUAUCCGUAUUAGAGGGGUGAAGACAGGAUACUACAUAUGUAUGAACAAGAGGGGAAAGCUGAUCGGCAAGCGGAAAGGACGUGGCAAAGACUGCAUCUUCACUGAGAUUGUUCUGGAAAACAACUACACGGCACUCCAGAACGCCAAGUACGAGGGUUGGUACAUGGCUUUCACACGCAAGGGCCGUCCAAGGAAGGCCUCCAAGACCAAGCAGCACCAGAGGGAGGCCCAUUUCAUGAAGCGACUACCAAGGGGGCACUUACUGAGCGAGAGGAGGCCGUUUGAUGUCCUUCCUCUUGCUGUCCCAGCGCAUCCUUUAGGCAAACGGACUAAACAUUCCCAUCACCAGCGCUCAGGGGGCCGCUGAGGACUGAAACCAGUGAGGGAGAACUGUGGAUGAACCGGAACAAACAGAAACCACUACAAGAGAAAUUAGCUAUUACAGUCAAGUGCCCAUACAUGUUUGCCUCAUUUUGUGUAAUUACUGCUCUGGAUUGUAUGUAAACAUUGUCUGUCUAAUCUGUUAGCUAUUUCAAAUUCAGAAGGACUUUAGGACAGAUGUACUUAUCAUAUCAAAGAGGACUUAGGUACACAUGAGCUCAGAUAUAUUGUAUUAAUAAAAGCCUGUGGUCAGAAGUUGCUAUGGACUCAGCAACAAAGAAUGUUUAACAAAAAAAAAGAGUAAAAUGAAGCGAAACAUGGCAGCUAUCUGUGGAACUUCAUGUGGUCACAGCAUUUAAGUCUCAGUUGAUAUGCCUUUAGGAGGCCGUUUUGAAGAAUGUUUAACCUGUUUUUUUUUUUUUUUUACAUAUAUGAAUAUAUUUUUACU